AUGUGGCUGCCUCUGCUGCUGGCGGUCCUGCUCUGGGCCGUGCUGUGGUUGCUCAGAGACCGGCAGUGCCUGCCAGCCAGCGACGCUUUCAUCUUCAUCACCGGCUGCGACUCGGGCUUCGGGCGGCUCCUUGCUCUGAGGCUGGACCAGAGAGGCUUCCGAGUCCUGGCCAGCUGCCUGACACCCUCGGGGGCGGAGGACCUCCAGCAGGUUGCCUCCUCCCGCCUCCACACCACCCUACUGGAUGUCACAGAUCCCCAGAGCGUCCGGCAGGCAGCCAAGUGGGUGGAAACGCACGUUGGGGAAGCAGGGCUUUUUGGUCUGGUGAAUAACGCUGGUGUGGCUGGCAUCAUUGGGCCCACCCCAUGGCAGACGCGGGAGGACUUCCAGCGGGUGCUGACUGUGAACACGCUGGGCCCCAUCGGGGUCACCUUCGCCCUGCUGCCACUGCUGCUGCGGGCCCGGGGCCGAGUGGUCAACAUCAGCAGCGUCCUGGGCCGCCUAGCCGCCAAUGGAGGGGGCUACUGUGUCUCGAAAUUUGGCCUGGAGGCCUUCUCUGACAGCCUGAGGCGAGACGUGGCUCCUUUCGGGGUGCGGGUCUCUAUCGUGGAACCUGGCUUCUUCCGAACCCCUGUGACAAACCUGGACACUUUGGAGGCCACCCUGCAGGCCUGCUGGGCACGGCUACCUCCAGCCACACAGGCCCUCUACGGGGAGGACUUCCUCGCCAAAUACCUAAGCGUGCAGCAGCGGAUCAUGAACAUGAUUUGUGACCCGGACCUGGCCAAGGUGAGCAGGUGCGUGGAGCAUGCCCUAACUGCCCAUCACCCCAGAACCCGCUACAGCCCAGGCUGGGAUGCCAAGCUGCUCUGGUUGCCAGCCUCCUACUUGCCAGCCAGCCUGGUGGAUGUUGUGCUCACCUGGGUCCUUCCCAAGCCUGCCCAGACAGUCUACUAA